CCCACAUCACCUGCACUGCUGCUCUCGCCGGGAACAAAUCAACCAACCAAGAAAACACCAUUUUUUUCCUUCCCACUUUCUCUCCAAUUCCUUCCUUUAUCCAUCAAGCUUCAUUCUUUUUCAAGCUCCACAUUUCGGGGUUUUUUUUCAUAGUAAUCUUUGUUUGUUUUCGAUAUCUGAAGAAGUAACACAUAUGAGAACAGGGAAGGGAAGUCAAGAGGAAGAACAGUACGAGGAAGAAGAGUUUGGUUCCAGAAAACAAGAGACAUCUUCUAAUCAAACGAUGUCUUUAAACGCCAUUAACAACAGCACCAACAGCGAUGGGAAGAACAGGGAUAAGGCUAACGCUAUACGGUCGAAACACUCGGUUACGGAGCAGAGGAGGAGGAGUAAGAUUAAUGAAAGGUUUCAAUUAUUGAGAAAUCUAAUUCCGAACCCCGAUCAAAAGAGAGAUACAGCUUCUUUCCUUCUAGAGGUGAUUGAGUAUGUCCAAGAUUUACAGGACAAGGUUAAAAAGUACGAGGGUUCAUACCAAGAAUGGAAUUCUGAGCCGAUAAAAUUGGUGCCAUGGAGAAAUAGCCACUGGCACGUUCAGAGCUUUGUUGGCCAACAACAAGCUAUUAAAAAUGGUUCUGGACCGGGGUCAGCAUUUGCUGGAAAGUUUGAUGAGAUUAACAGCAAUAUGAACCCUACAAUAACCACAAGUGAGCAAAAUCCACUAGAAUCUGAUCCUGUUAGAGACACUACGUCCAAAGCUAUGGAUCAGCAACCUGAGUUUGCAAGCAGGGGAAUGCCUCUGCCCGUCCAAGGUAAUAACAUGCCUGUGCAUCCCCUCCAGAGACCAGUCUCUGAGGCUCAACCGACCGAGUGUUUUAUUAGCAAUGAUACUGUGAAUCAGCAUGAAGAUCUAACUAUUGAAGGAGGAACAAUUAGCAUCUCAAGUGUCUAUUCUGAAGGGUUAUUGAACUCUCUGACGCAAGCACUGCAGAGUGCGGGUUUGGAUCUGUCAGAGGCCAACAUCUCAGUGCAGAUCGAUCUCAGAAAGCAUGCUAAUAGAGAACUAGCGUCAGGAACUUCUGCUAAGGAUCCACAGAAUCACCCCAUUCAAGCAAUGACCCAUCUUAGAGAUGCGAUCAACGGAGCGGAACCCGAUCAUGUUCAAAAGCGGAUGAAGAAAUAAGAUAGGCAAGCUGAGAAAUAUUGUUGUUUUGGUUUGAGCUUCAUUUGGUCAUUGUAUAUGCAUGUGUUUGUGAUAUGAAGAGCGAUUGUGUGCUUAUAUGGAGUGGCUCCUCGCAUUUCUGU